UCGCUAUUUCCAAGAUGGCGUCUUUUUCAAGUACUCGUAACAAAAUUCAAGCAAUUCUCUCAAGUUUUAUGCACGAAAAAGAUGAGAUCUCUAAAGAAAGGUGUGUGGUAUAUUAGAGUAUAUUUAUUCUACUGUCUCUUCUUUUCCGAACAAUAAUUGGUAGUGAAAUUUUUAAUACUUAUUUCUUCUUUAUAUUUGGGUUUGGUAUGUUGUAUACUUGUAUAAUUACUAUAAUAUAAAGAAUUGGCAAUAUAAUGAUAAGCUUAUUAGAUCUAAGCCAAUUGACCUAAUGUAGCGAUUCUCAUAUCUUUUAAAAAUGCGUUUCGUCCCUGGUAGGUUACGUAAAUAUACUGGGUGUGCCGAAAAAAAGCAUUAAAGCAUACCUUUUGAAACGUUCCGAUUGUAAAUAGUUUGAAUGCCUGAGCAUUUGAACCUACGGAAGCGUGAAAUACAGCGUGUAUUGAAAACCUGAAUGAAUAACUCAAUUCUUGUUAAGUACAACAUUUUCUACUAUUGGGAAUUUAAAAUAGCUUCUAAUCUUAUAAAAGAAGUGCGACUACACAAAAAUGAUCAAAUACACCCUUUCAAUAAUUACGUCAAAUUAUAUGCUCAAAGUGCAUGCAUAAAAUUUGAUUCAAUUGUGUUUAUGCACCUGUGGGUCUGAAAAAGCAUACCGUAGUAAUAAGACAUUCAAAUUCCAACAAAGGAUUGAUUUCCAAAGGUUUUUAUUUUUUGGGGGACACCCUAUAUACAGAGAAAAGCUUACACUAUCAUGGCAGACACUUGUGGGGGAGGGGAGCGGGAAGUCUGCAGAGAGGGGGUACUUUACCACCACCCCCCCCCCCCCGCUGAAGAAGUGCUCCCAAAGCAACAAAGGCCCAUAAAAUAUCUUGAUUGGUGGGGGGGGGGAGGGAUUCAUAGGUGCUUGUAGCCAAUCUUUUGGGAAUUAUUGUUGAUUUCAGAUCACUUUUCAAGGCGACCAAUAUUCCAAAUUUAGGAACAUGGUGUCAUGAAAUGUGUUAUAGAAAUGUCAUGCCUGCCAUGACAUAAUGUGCAAUUACCCUAUUGCCUCACAUAAGAGGCAACAUGCUAAUAAAUAUUGUGUUUCUGUGAUUUAGAAAUACUGAACGAGAUAUUGCAGAAAAUCCAGGCCCUUUAUCGAUGCUAUGUCAGCCGAGAAAUAGGGAGAAUUUUUAUGAUAGAGUUGAAACAUUUUCUAUAUCCUUUAAUAGACCCUUACUGGACCUCUAGGGAGGACAGUUUAGAACUGAUAGAGCUAUCCAGAAUAAAUAAAGUUAGUUUAGUUUAGGUUUCCUCCUAUAGUAGCACUGGAUCAAUAAGAGAUGAUCCUUACUGGACCUCUAGGAAGAACAGUUCAGAACUGAUAGAGUUAUCCAGUAUAAAUAAAGUUAGUUUAGUUUAGGUUUCCUCCUAUAGUAGCACUGGAUCAAUAAGAGAUGAUCCUUACUGGACCUCUAGGAAGAACAGUUCAGAACUGAUAGAGCUAUCCAGUAUAAAUAAAGUUAGUUUAGUUUAGGUUUCCUCCUGUCGUAUCACUGGAUCAAUAAGAGAUCAUGAUUUUUACUGGACCUCUAGGAAGAACAGUUUAGAACUGAUAGAGCUAUCCAGUUUGAAUAAAGUUAGUUUAUCAUCAAAAAACAUUUCUUUAACAUUUGUCAACCAUUUACCUGGCCAAUGAAGCCACUAUAUUUAUCACCUCAGCAUUGUGCAUUGUAUGGUUGGGAGAAUAGAGAUGUUGAUCUGCUAACAUGUGUCUCAUGCAAAGCUACACUUGAUGGUAUGAUUGGGACAGAAUGGGACACUGACACAUGUGAGUAUAUUGAAUGUGCUUGGUUUAUGCUUCAGUGCUUAAGUCCCAUUGAAGACCAGUGCUCUCCACUUGACGAGUAAAAUCAUCUGGCGUUAAACAGAGUGAAAUGAGAAAGUAGGGUGCAUUGGUGUGCAAUGCUACUUAAUGGGUUAACUAGACACAUGGGCAGAUAGUCUGAUUAACACAUUGAGCGGCAGCACUCUCUCCUUGACGAGUAAAAUUGUCUGGUGUUUAAGACAGUCUGAGAGUAAAAUUAUUAAAGUAUGAUGCAUUAGGACUCAAUGUAACUUAAUGGGUUAAUAAUAGUCAGAUAUUGUCCGAGUAUUACCGAGUAUUCAUGGCACGAUCCACCUGAUACCGAUUAUCGGUCAACCACUAGUUCAUGAUUGUUGGUUGUACAGACAGUAUAUAUUGGAAUUAUGGUACAGUCUGGCAUAAUGGUCUGAGAUUGAUUUAUAAUUCUUUAGCUACAUAUUACAUAGUCUGAUGUAUUUGUUUUGCAAAUCACAAAUUUUAACCCAUUAAGCGCCAGCGCUCUCCCCUUGAUGAGUAAAUCGUCUGGCGUUGGACAGAGUAAAAUACUAAAGUAGGGUGCAUCAGGGCGCAAUGCAACUCAAUGGUUUAACUAGACACAUGGUCAGAUAGGCCAGUUAACCUAUUAAGCGCCAGCGCUCUCCCCUUGACGAGUAAAAUCGUCUGGCGUUAGACAGAGUGAAAUACUAAUUCAAAAGUAGAGUGCAUCAGGGUGCAAUGCAACUCAAUGGGUUAAUAUAUAGAAUUAAACUGUGCAUUUUUUUUCCAAUAAUAGAUAAUUCAACAUGUACAAAGCUGAGAUCAAGUAUUAUAAAUGGACAUUCUAAAUUCUGUCCUUGGAAAGAAACGCCAUGCCCAGGUUGGUUGAUUUUUAAAACAUAGAUAAAUAGAUUAAUUAGAGCUGCUCCCAUCGGUUAAUUUUCGUAAUCGAUUAAUUGUUGUCAAUAAUCGAUUAAUAUCGAAUAAUCGCAUUGAUAAUUAAUUUAAAUAUGACAAGCCCAUGGCGGUUUGACUGGUUCGUAAAUUGUAAUUAAACUUUACUAAAUUCACGAGACUCAGACUCUUAUGGAUAAUUGGUUUAUGUCCGCACGUCGCACUGUUGGACGCAAAUGGUAAUAAAUUCUUCUAGUAAAAAACUUUAAAGAUAUUUUCACAGCACUCGUAAUUAACUCAUUGCGCAUCACGCUGCGUGGUGUUAUAGAUGAUUCGAUUACUGUUAAGCAUAAUCGAUUGUGGAAAAAUAAUCGAUUGAUCGAUUAAUCGGGAGCAGCUCUAAGAUUAAUAUUUAAGAAAUUCUUUCGUGAUUGAGACAGCAUUUCUGAAUCAACAAUCUGACAUGUUUUGUUUAGAAUCAUUUCUAAGUCUUCCUGUGAGAACGUCUCAAGAGUGGAAAGCAAGUUUUGAAGAUGUCUGUAGGAAUCUUCUCUCCUUGGAAGGCAACUUGCCCGUACUGAAACGUGAAGCUUUUCAAGAACUGGUAAGUGAAUCAGAAUGA